AUGUCCAGCAAGACUUUCUCUAAACGUCGUUAUCAGCCAGCAGCAGAGUUUGAUGAUGUCACUCUUGCCCGCAAAAGGGAGUACUGGAGGAGCAAGAAAAGAGAGCAGAGGGCAAGAAAGUCAUCUGCCAAAAAAAAAAUCGGAAAUGAAAAUCUGGGGUUGUGCAUGUCCGUUGUUAGUGAUGAACCUGCCUUGCAGAUUCCCAAAGUUGACAAUGAUCCCUCUCUACAUAAUCAUGACAUUUCAUGCAAACUGGAAGAUAGUGAUGCUCCUAGAAACUCUUCCAGCUCAGGUCUAUCAGUAUCUGAGUGUAAUGUUACUAUGGUGCCAUGCCAAAAAGAAAGAUGGUUUCAAAAGACUAAGCUCAACCAUGUCUUACCUAAAUUUCCAGAAACAAGCACAAAUUCCCUGAAGGGUGUAAUGGGCAAUAAAAAAAUAAAGUCCUCAUUUACAGGGUCAUCAAACACAGAUGCUAAAACAGAGGCUCUCUGCCCAAUAGGCCAUUCAGUGACUACAACAUGCAUUGAGUUCCAUUCAAAUAGCACUCAUACUCAAAAAACAAAAACAGGCAUGUCAUCCCUAAAUGGCAAGCAAUUAGCAACAUCUCCUCAAAGCCAUGUUUCUAUGGUUUUACCAGUGCACAACAACCAAAAUAAGCCUCAGAACUGUCUCAAACCCUUGACCUCUGCAGAAUGUAAGGUUCAUAAAGAGCAGAGCCUUGUUCACAGUCACAUCUCUAAGAGAAGAACAUGUGCCUUUGCUUCAAAGCACAACACCACAGUGGCUAUGACUGAAGAAGAGAUGGCUGCUAAACGUAGAGAGAACUGGCGCAUCAAAAAGCGAGAACAGAGAGCAAAGCGUGCUGCAAAGCUGGCUCAGGACCGAGAAGGGAGUCUCGGACAAGGACAAUCUUCCUGUAUCGUGAAUGCUUCAUCUCCUGCCAACAGUAAGGCCUUGAGAGGAAUCAACUUCAACUCAGCGAAUCCCAAAUGCCUCAAUCAACAGUCUUUUGGAGUAAAAUGUAUCGGUUCUCGGACACAACUACAUGUUCAGGACACAAAACCAAACCAUGCAUCCUUAUCCUCUGGUAUUUUGCAACCAUCCUCAAGUAAAUCCAAAGUGCCGCAAUUUGCACACACUCAAAAGAGACAUUGUCAAGAGCCAACAAGGAAGUCUUUCCUUGGUGCUUCCAAAGUCGAGUCUCCUGAGGAUCGGCAUGCCAGACAGAAGGAGUACUGGCGAAUUAAAAAGCGUGAACAGAGAGCAAGGCUGUCUACAGCAGUCAAAGCACAAUUGAAGGAACAAAGCGCACUUAAGCAUUGUGGGAGACGCUACCACAACAGUUUCAAUCAGAUGUGUGGGGUUCAAGUGAAUAGAGCAGGUGCAUUUGCAAGUUCCUCAGACAAAAUUGGUGGUUUUAUCAAAGAAGAUGGCACGGUGACAGUCUCCACUUCGAAGACGACAUCUGAGAGCCACGACUAUUCCAAUGUGAAAUGUGUCAGAAAGGUAAGACUCCAGGUUCAAGUAAGUUCGCCCCUAUAUUCAGAUGCUCAACAAGUCACAAAGCUAGUUUCCGCUCCAUGCAAUGUUUCCAAGGCUCACCAUAACUCUCUGGUAAAAUCUAGCUUAGCCGGAGGUGCAGUUAUGGGCAGUAUGACAGUCACCAUCCAGUCUGAAACCCCAACAGAGGAAGAAAGGAUCACCCGUUUAAGGGAGUACUGGAGGAUAAAGAAACGAGAGCAAAGGGCUAGUCGGGCUGCCCGGCUCGGGAAUGGUCUGCUUAGGUCAAAGGUUUCAGUGUUAAAGCAGAGAGAGCAAAACAAGAAGUCAAACAAAAGGGACAGUAUUACUUCAUCCAUUACUAAAACAGUUGCCCCAACAAGUGCCCCAAACCCUAUUAAAGAAGAACACAUCAAUCCACCUAUACAUGCUGUAUUUUCCAUCCCAGAAAUUACUCCCUGCAUCAGUGUCAUAGAUGGAAAACCUUCACCCUGUCCAACCUUAAAGUCACACAUUGAACCUCCAGCAGCUGCGAACCAUCAUGCCACUACUCUUCAAGCUGUGGCCUCCAUGAAAAAGCUCCUGGAGGAAUCAGUUUCCAUACCAGAAGACAAUAACGCCACCAAAAUGCAUGUUAAGUGUGAAAAUGAGCCUCUUCGGCUAACUAAAGAUGACCUUACAUCUGAAGAUGCAAAGCCAAAUAUUACUUUACAACAAAACGACUUAUUAGAGUGUGAUGUCUCAGAGGAUACAAGCCUUAAAGAUUUCAAAAUGAGUCCUCAAGCAUUUCCUUUUGAAGACACUAGCCAUCAUAAGUCUCGUAACUUCUGUCAAGAGGCUGCAGAUGGAAGUCAUGACUUUUCUCCAGUGGCUGUGCAACCUCAGUGCAUAAACACCCAGAAGUUCAGUGAUUAUGGAGCAGAUCCCAUGCAGUCUUGCCCUUCACAGGCCUCGCAAAAGCAACAGCUUGGUGAGAGCGAUGAGCUUCAACGAAAGAGAGAGUAUUGGAGGUUAAUGAAGAGACAACAGCGGGCCAGAAAAGCCAACAAAGAUGCAGGCAAAGAUGCAAAUAAGACAGAGGAAGAAAAAAUUGCCCGUUUAAGGGAGUACUGGAUGAUUAAGAAACGAGAGCAAAGGGCUAGUCAGGCUGCUCGGCUCGGGAAUGGUCUGCUUAGGUCGAAGGUUUCAGUGUUAAAGCAGAGAGAGCAAAACAAGAAGUCAAACAAAAGGGACAGUAUUAUUUCAUCUAUUACCAAAACAGUUGCCCCAACCAGUACUCCAACUCAUAUACAAGAACACAUCAAUCCUCCUAUACAUGCUGUAUUUUCCAUCCCAGAAAUUACUCCUUGCAUUAGUGUUAAAGAUGGCAAACCUUCACCCUGUCCAUCUUUAGAGUCACACAUUGAACCUCCAGCAGCUGCGAACCAUCAUGCCACCACUCUUCAGGCUGUGGCCUCCAUGAAGAAGCUUCUGGAGGAAUCAGUUUCCACCCCAGAAGACAAUAAUGCCACUGAAAUGCAUGUUAAGUGUGAAAAUGAGCCUCUUCUGUUAAUUAAAGAUGACCUCCUUACAUCUGAAGAUGCAAAGACAGAUGUUACCUUACAACAAAUCGUCUUAUUAGAGUGUGACGUCUCAGAGGAUACAAGCCUUAAAGAUAUCAAAAUGAGUCCUCAAGCAUUUCCUUUUGAAGACACUAGCCAUCAUAAGCCUCAUAACUUCUGUCAGGAGGCUGCAGAUGGAAGUCAUGCCCUUUCUCCAGUGGCUGUGCAACCUCAGUGCAGAAGCACCCAGAAGUUCAGUGAUGAUGGAGCAGAUCCCAAGCAGUCCUGCCCUUCACAGGCCUUACAAAAGCAGCAGCUUGGUGAGAGUGAUGAGCUUCAACGAAAGAGAGAGUAUUGGAGGCUAAUGAAGAGACAACAGCGGGCCAGAAAAGCCAACAAAGAUGCAGGCAAAGAUGCAAAUAAGACACAGGAAGAAAGGAUCGCCCGUUUGAGGGAGUACUGGAUGAUUAAGAAACGAGAGCAAAGGGCUAGUCAGGCUGCUCGGCUCGGUAAUGGUCUGCUUAGGUCGAAGGUUUCAGUGUUAAAGCAGAGAGAGCAAAACAAGAAGUCAAACAAAAGAGAAAGUAUUACUUCAUCCAUUAACAAAACAGUUGGCCCAUCCAGUGCCCCAACUCGUAUACAAAAAAACAUCAAUCCUCCUAUACAUGCUGUAUUUUCCAUCCCAGAAAUUACCCCUUGCAUUAGUGUUAAAGAUGGCAAACCUUCACCCUGUCCAUCUUUAGAGUCACACAUUGAACCCCCAGCAGCUGUGAACCAUCAUGCCACCACUCUUCAGGCUGUGGCCUCCAUGAAGAUGCUUCUGGAGGAAUCAGUUUGCACACCCGAAGACAAUAAUGCCAUUGGAAUGCAUGUUAAGUGUGAAAAUGAGCCUCUUCUGUUAACUAAAGAUGACCUUACAUCUGAAGAUGCAAAGCCAAAUGUUACCUUACAACAAAAUGUCUUAUUAGAGUGUGAUGUCUCAGAGGAUACAAGCCUUAAAGAUAUCAAAAUGAGUCCUCAAGCAUUAACUUUUAAAGACACUAGCCAUCAUAAGUCUAAUAACUUGCAGGCUGCAGAUGAAAGUCAUGCCCUUUCUCCAGUGGUUGUGCAACCUCAGUGCAUAAACACCCAGAAGUUCAGUGAUGAUGGAGCAGAUCACAAGCAGCCCUGCCCUUCACAGGCCUCGCAAAAGCAGCAGCUUGGUGAGAGUGAUGAGCUUCAACGAAAGAGAGAGUAUUGGAGGCUAAUGAAGAGACAACAGCGGGCCAAAAAAGCCAACAAAGAUGCAGUUCUUCGCAGUCUGGCUCCACAGACUCAGACACCCAGCACAACUCUCCUGCUAGCCAUGUCCCAGGACGCUUCCAUAUGCAGACAGAUCCCCAUUCAGAAGCAAACAAGAAGGUGCACCAAACCUGCAGGUCCACAGGCACAGCUGACAGAUAAAUCAAGAACUAACAGAAGCCAGACAGUGGCCAUGCCAAAUCCACAAGUUGAUCCACAGGAGGUUAUACGUAGAAGACGCAUGCAAUGGAGGAUCAAGAAACAGAAGCAGAGAGCUAGAAAGGCAGCAAAUGAGAGAAAGCUACGCCAGACGAUGCUCCCUCCACAAGGCCAGACUUCGGGUCAGAACAUCACCAGUUUCUGCUCAGUAGUUGUUCAGAGCAUAAAAUCAGAAGACCAACUAGGCUACUUAGCUGAGCCAUGUCAAACUGCACUCAAAGAGGAGUCAAGCUUUGCACCAAAUGAUGUGACGGAGGGACCGUUGUCACAGGCUGAGUGGAGAAACGUCUACCUCAUGGACUCUGAUCCUGUCAACCUGUUGUUGGUGUGUAUGGUUUGUGGAGAGCAGCAGUACUCCCUCAGUGUGGAAGCAGCGAAGGCUCACAUUGAGGAGGUUCAUCCUAAUACAAUAUCAUUGGGAGACUUUGAACGUCAAGGCAUUCUUGAUGCCUGGGAUAAACAGGUGGCCGUCCGCGAGCACUCCAUCACCCACCAGCUUCAACAGCGAUGCAGAGCUCCUAUAGAGUUUCAACUGCCAGGUUAAAACUGAAAAUAAAGUUGAGGCUGAAGUCUUCGAGUGAACUGGCAGAAGACAGAAGAGAUGAAACACAUUUCACUCAUCCAUUUAUUCUGCUGCAUUAACUUCCUUUAUAAACCAGAGCUGAGCCAAGGAAUGGCUGAUUUAUUUAUUAUUAUGGGUAUAGCUUUUGUUAAACACAUACCAGUAGUACUCUAAAUAUAUAUUUAUCAUUUGUUCCACUGAAACCUGACUUUAAAUAUUUUUUUUCUCCUGACUUAUUGAUUUACCUUACACAAAUGUGUGUAAAAAUUCUGUUUUCUUACAAUUUGUAAGUACUAUCUGUUUUGUUGUAGUCAUGUGUAGUAGAUUAAUAUCUUUUUUGAUAGGAGAAUAUUGAAAUAUUGAUUCAACCUUUUUCUUUCUGAUGUACUACUGAGCCUCAUUAAAUGUACUUUUAGAUUCUGGUAAUAUUCAAAACCGUGCAGGACCUGUAAAUGAGGUAACAAAAUAAGACAGGUAUGUAAAAACAUUCUCACAUGCACAAACAACUGGAAAAUAUAUAAGAAUUGCAUUUUGACCAUUUGUUUUCAGUAUCUGUACAGAUUGUGCACUUUUCAAAAUUUUUUGUAAUAAAUUGUUGCACUGCAUAAUGUACACUA